UUUAUGCAUGAUACUGAGGUUGUCUAGGAUCCAUAUCAUGGUCAGAGAGGACAUCAUUCUUUACCAAAGAUGACAUUCUAUACUGGUCUCCUCAAGUGUGUGGAUAUCGUGGAGCCUUAUUAUGUUGAUAGGGUUCUACGACAGUUUAGCCUUGUUCAGACAAUUCCCCGAAUGACAUAUACCCCUUCUCGAGUUCAACGGAGCACUGAUACAAAAAUGUACAAGGUUGUGCAUACGUACUUUGAUGGGAUUUGGCAAAGGCGUGAAUAUCACCUUUUGGGACCAGAAAACCUUAGCAGGGAGGUUAUAGCCCCAUCAGAUUGUGAUCCUGGGUACCACUCAUGGUAUCGUAAAAUCACCCAUCCAUACGUGCAUCACCCUGAUCGUAGGUCUGCUGCCAUACGGCCACAUGACAUAAAUGAUCCACAUCAGCGCAUAGCACGUCUUCUAGCCAUCAUGGAGCCUAUUUCACAGUCUAAUCUCCAUUGUGCUUGUGGAUUUUACGAGGCAUUUGAGCAAGUCUGGUCAAUUUUGCAAGGUACUCGGGCAGCCCAAAACCUAUAACUCGUUCAACCAAGUGUCAUUUAAAUAUUCAUGUGCAUAUAAAAUUGAUGCUGGA